AUAGCCCAAUCUUGACCGUCUUAUCUUACACACAUGCUCUUGAUAACAAGUGUAUAUUAUUUUUCAGCACGAACGAGCUCGGGUCAUCUACAGGUUCGCGUUGGAUCACUUGCCAAAGAACCGCACCGAGCUGAUCUACAAAAACUACACCAUUCACGAAAAGAAAUAUGGUGACCGUUCAGACAUCGAGAGCGUAAUUGUGAACAAACGCAAGAGGCAGUACGAAGACCUACUGUCCAACAAUCCGUUAAAUUACGACGUCUGGUUCGAUUAUCUGAAACUAUUGGAAAGCGAACGUUGCGAUUGCGAGGUCAUCAGAGACGCAUAUGAACGAGCGAUCGCUAACGUGCCCCCGGAUCAGGUAACUCGAAUUGAUUUUGGCUAUUCUACUACGACAUGGUGUUGCACAUCAUUAUGUACAAAACGGUUGGAGUCAAGAAGUUAGAA